AUGGUAGUUCCUAUUAUACUAGGCAUUGGAGCUACAUUAUUAGCCCUAACUACAAAAGCAACGAUAUCAGCAUAUAAACAAUAUAUACAUUUAACACCAGCAAUGAUUGCAACUUUAAAUAAUAUAAAACUAACAAGUUUUGAAGAUAAAUAUUCAUCAACAAUUUCCAAAACUGAUCCAAAUUAUCAUCAUUAUAAAUUUUUAACCGCAAAAUAUCCUAAUCGACCUUUUAAUACUCCAAUGACUGAACAAGAAGCAUUAUUUAUAUUGGGGAUAGAAGGUGAUGAUAUCUUAAAUGUUGAUAAGAAAAUGAUACGAGAUAGGUAUAGAAAAUUAAUGAAUUUAAAUCAUCCUGAUAAGAAUGGAAGUCUAUAUAUAUCUCAAAAGAUAAAUGAAGCUAAAGAUAUAUUGGAUAAAAGUUAUAUGGUAAAUAAAUGA